AUGGCACAAACAAAUGAUCCUGCUCUACUGCAUUACGUCCGCUUCUAUGGAAUAGCUAGUGAUUAUUUGGAUCCUGACCCUCUCGAGUAUAUCGACAAAGCUUCUAAAAUUGUCCCCGAUUUUCUUCGGUUAUCCACAGACACCGUUACCACGAUUCAGAAACAGGUUGAACAUCAUCAGCAGACAGUCGAGAAGAGAUUAUGUCACGAAAAACUGGAUAUCAGAAAAGAAAGCGUCAGGUUCCUUUCGUCCGUGCUUCGCGACACCAAACGCAACAUCGAUGACUGCUGGGACAAGAUCCUUCCUAAGUGGGAUCGCUAUGAUAGUCUCAAACUCGAAGCUCCCGUUUUCAGCUCAGGAUAUGAUACGGACUUGAGGCUUCCGGAUGAACCCCUCGGGUACUCCCAUGCCGACUACGCGUUACGUCCACUUGAUGAGCUUUCCAGUGAUCACGAAAUCAAUCCCCCAGGUAAUACAAUUCACGACACGAAUACGAUUGACAAGAAGACGAUACAUGAGAAGCUGGAUUGCACCAAAGCAGCGUUGCUACUUAUCCAGAAUGCGAGGCAUAAUGGGAACCGCCCUUUAUCGGAAAUUGAGAAUCUGUUUCGGACCCCCCUGGAUGCGACUCUGGAAAAGGAAUGUCACUCUAUUUUGUCUCCUCUUCUGCCGUUAGAUGCCGACUAUUAUUCAUCCAAGGGCCCCUCGCCGAUUCCUGGAGACAAGGACCUACCCAGUCCUAUUGAUUCCAACCCACACGACGUUCUUACAUCGGGGGACAUUGAUAUCUUACAAUAUAAAUACUUCUUUAGCCAUGAGGAAUCUAGUUCCACGGCAUAUCCAGGACCUUGUGAUUGCGCGGGCAAAGACCAAGUUCUUGAAACAGAUGAGGACCAAUCGUCGCUCAAAGCCACUGCCAAGGGAUCCCUCACAUACGAACAAACCCUUGAUAAUGGUUCAUUCGAUACAGACAUUGAUCUCAGUGGUGGAAGAGUAUCACAUCUCCACUCUGAGCAAGCUAUCUCAGCUGCGACAAGCCCAAGCAGUGAACUUUCCCAGAUAACCUAUACCGAGAUCACGGAUAAUAUUGCAACAUCAGAUUGCUUUCCAUACGAGACUCCCAUUGUCAUAGCAACACCUCUACGACCAAGCUACUCCCCUAUUUCAUCCGCAUGUAGCUCGCGUUGUGAUGGAGAAGACAUUCUCGAAUCUCAGAGACCUGUAUCCCAAACAACGCACCAAGCUUCAGUGUAUGAAGCACAUUGGGAAUGUCCUGCGACGGAUGACCCUCUCUCAAUGCCGACCUGUCACUCCGAAGCUUCAUACGGGUCAGAGCCGGACAUCAAAUCGGACGAGCAAUACCUCACACGAAAACGAAAGCUGGAAAAUGGCCAGACAGAUUACAAACAGGAACAAAAUAGCGAACUUGAACCUCUGGCCUCUUCAAAGACGUCCAAAAAGAAGACUUCUGGAGCAAUCUAUCCUACGCAUCUGGGCUCUUUAUCACGGUUUAUGGAAACUAGGGGGCAGGCUAUUAGUCGAGAAACAACAGCAAAGAGUCCUUAUUUCGCCGAAAGCAUGAAUCCUAAAAUCCCUGCGAAAGAACAUGACUUUGCCAUACAUACGGAGUCAACAUAUGAUCCGCCAAACCCCGGAAAUUCUCACGAUCAAUCGCAUUCUACCUCAUCGGACCCUACCACGCAAAUUCCAAGUUUUCCAGCUGGGAACCAUGAGCGCCCAAUACUCUCCCUGUCAACAUCACUUCUGAAAAGCCAUGUACGUAUGGUACAAUGCAUAGAAAGAAUAAGUCCUCCGCUUUCAAUUGUAUACCGAGAGUCCGACACAAUUGAUUGGAGAAGACCACAUGGUACUCAAACCCAACACCCACCCUCUUCAAGUACUGAGGAGGAGGCCGAUAUAAUCAUCGCACCUAAUACCGGUAUCAUCCUGACAAACUCCCAAGCAACUACACAGUUAUUCCUUCCAGGCCAUAAACCUCGAACCCCCAGCAAUAUCAAAAAUAUUAACUCCCCUCUGCGAGAACGAGUCUUCCUUUUAUCAGGGAAAUAUGAACAUCUAUACGUACUAAUUACCCACUGCUCUGGCGCGACUAUAACCUUGCCAUCUUCUGAACUUACCCUAGAUAAAAACAUGCUACUAUCUCUGACUGCCUUUACUGCUUUCUGCAAUUCGAUGUCUUAUUCCAGCAUUUACCCUCUCGUGAUACCCUCGUCUCCUGAUGCUAUUGCAGGCUGGAUUGUUGCCCUGGCUAAUAAGUCUCUUCACUGA